UAAUCAAGACCGUAGCCAACGGUCGCUUUUUUAUAAAAAGAUAAAGCUGCAGCCGCGUCGGAGUCGAAACCCAGCUGCUACAAGUGCAAUCCCGAACGGUGUAUCUUUUAAUUUUGUGUCAAGGGUUCAACUUCGACGCAGUCGUGAGGCUGCUCAAUUUCCAUCGGUUCUAUAAACGUUGAAGGACUUUCAUGUUGUUACCGCAGUGUUUGUAAUGUAGUAAUUAACAAAAUAUCAACAUACAAAUGUUCCAUUAUGAUAUAGUACUGUGGGGUCAGAUGGGACACUUUUGGCACGACAUACCUUUAUACAUAAUAUCCUGAUCGUGUUCUAAACGAGUCGCACAUUACACAGCCAGCGGGCCCGAAGGGAAAAAAUAUGCUAAAACAUUCCCGGUCUGAAGGCCCGGUUGGACCCAGAGUGAUUUUCUUAAAACGUACAUGUGAAACCUUUUAACAUUGUCAACCUAACGCCUAACCCUUCGUAUGAAAAAAUGGGGUAUUUCCCAUGAGUUGUACCCGAUUCUUGCCUGCCUUUUCCAAUGUUGAGAUCAAUACUUUAGUCUCGUUUCUUGUCUGGGUUGUAGGCAACUGUUUAAAGUGAACUUCAGAAUGGGCAUAAAGGGUUUUGAAAACUUUUGCAAAAUAAAUACAGAUCGAUGUUUCCAAAGUGUUACAAUUCGAAACGAGAUAUUGGUUAUAGAUGGCAGCGAACUGUUUUACCACUUCUACGACGCUUGUGAGGGCAGAGCGCCGCUCGACCAAUUUCGGGAGCAAGCGAUCAAGUUUUACACAAAUCUUCGCACUUGUGGCAUCAGACCAGUUAUUGUGUUUGACGGAUUUAAAUAUGGGUCAAACCACGAAAAGGUGUUCAAUCAAGCGGUAAAAGUUAUUGCUGAAAUGGAGCAAUUCAUUAAAGAAGAGAAAAUAGACGGAACGAACAAGUUACCCUUUUGUCGUACGAUCUUAGCAACGGUGAAUCAAGAAUUGGGAAUUCCUUUUGUUAACGGUGUGGGAGAUAUGAAUUCCAGCACAGCAGCAAUUGCUAAUCUACUUGGAGCCAAAGUGUUGGCGAGUGAUACGGAGUAUUGCGUGCAUAACUUGAGUCAUGGUUGGUUGCCAGUUAGAUACUUCAAAUGGAAUGACGAUGCGGAAAUAAGCAGGGUAGGAGGCAUCACUGCAAAAUUUUACCACAUCGAGCAUUUUUCACGCCAGUAUAAUAUCCCCACCAAUGUGGUUUCGUACCUGGACAUAUUCUUCGGCAGAAAGUCUUACUUUCCGGAGGGAUAUUUUCAAUCGUUUGUCGACCAACACUUUGGGGAGCAUGAGUCUUAUCGACGUUAUUUCGAAAUUUUCUUCAGAUGGAUGGAUGGUAAUUACAUCACGGAUGACGACCUUAUCGAAAGAAUCGUCGCCUCCCUUGGGAACAGAGAUGAUCACCCCAACAUCCAAGUACGUUUGGAGGAGCGCCUCGCAUUCUUUCGCUAUCCUCGGGUUCGUCAAAUAUUUCGUUUGAAAGUUAGAGAGCAAGUAAGAGACGAAGAUAUGUCGAACCUCCUUUUAAACAACAAGCAUGAUUCGGUGGAAGAUGGAAAUUUGAGGGAAAAUUUACCACGCUUUGCCCAUGAUAUACUGAACGCACCUACGGGGGGAGAUGACCCUUACAAACGGUGUCUUCGAGUUUUCAUGAGCAAACUAGACAAACCGUCACCCCACGACUCAACGAGAGCUUUGCGGCAACAAAUGUACCAACUUUUGGUGAGAGGAGAUGAUUUGACUGUGGUUGAGUACGAUAGAGUCGGCGUCAACUAUAUUGAGGUGGAACCUAUCCGUGUGAAACGUCAAGAAAACCUGAACCCUGCGUUGGUUGAGGUGUCCAACAACCAGGAAAGAAACCCCGAAUUCAUUAAGUUUAGGAAGCAACAUAUUCUAUCUAUACUGGUUGGGGACGAAGAGGCAGUUCGUCAAUUUAAAGAAUCUUGCAGGAACAUCAAUGAAGAAUUGAAGCUUCUGCUGGCAUGUGGGGUGUACUGGAUCAGAACCACGGCACCAGGAGAUACAGCAAUAUCCGCACUUGCCUUCACUGUCAGCUUAAUUUACUUGAAGUCACAAGGCGGUGUUGAUCGUCAUCUCAUGCAAAGGAUGAGGAGAGCUCAUGCAAAAGAUAAGAUCAUCGUAUCCGGAUAUCAACACGGACUACAUACAGAUAUCCGGUCAAUGGUUACUUUGCCUUGAAGAAGUAAUCGCGUUUAAUGGAAUUCUCGAUGAACCACUGGUCCCGCCUCCUAUGGGGAAAUGUUUUAACUGCUCAUUCUUUGAGGCGUGCAUGGCAGAGGUCAACAGAGACACGCUGGUAGAAGUUAUAAAGCAAGAGAUUGAAGUUGGCGAACUCUACAAGGCCAUCAUGCGCGUGCUAAGGCUUGCCUAAAUUGACAAACAUUUUUAGCGGACGAUGCUUGCAUUUGUUUGAACUUAUUCAAUACUGCCAUGAUUUUAGUUAUGCACUAAUUCUGUAUACUUUAACGCUUGAAUGCUUUCUUAACUGCCUGUUUUACUGUAUAACCACCUAGUUGGCCUAGUAGUUCAUUUUCUGUAUUGUUAUGACUGUAAAUAACAUGAUAUAUACAUGUAGCUUAAAAUAAACGGAUAUUAGUACAAUCGAAA